AUGAUCGGGGAUGUGGUGGCUUGGCAGGGUGAUGUAUUCUGGAUGAUAUGCCUCGGCAUGGUGAUAUCGUUCAUCCUGGCGUUCGCCAUCGGUGCCAAUGACACAGCCAACUCGUUUGGUACUUCUGUCGGCAGUAAAGUUGUGACACUGCACCAGGCGUACCUGUUGGCCAGUGUUUUCGAGACCAUGGGAGCCACUCUUUUGGGUAAGUUGUCUUACAUGUCUUUGUAUACUUUAAUAUCUACGUUUUAAACAAUAUAGAGUUUUUAAUUACACGUAUCCUUCUUCGUAUAGUAAACAAGUAGAAAUAUCAAAAAUAUAACAUAAACACGUGCUUUUCGUACGUACUAUAGAUCAAAAACAUAUUAAAAAGGUUCACAAAUAUUAAUUUUUAGGAUACCAAGUAACAGAUACGAUGCGGAAGGGCGUGGUAGAUCUGAGUGUGUACGAAAAUUCUGAAACUGAACUGAUGUUUGGCCAGAUAGCUGUGUUAAGUGGCUGUGGAGCUUGGCUUCUGAUGGCCACCUUCUUCAAACUGCCAGUUUCGACCACUCACAGUAUUGUCGGAGCUACUGUUGGCUACUCUCUACUGCUGAGGGGUACUGAAGGCAUCCGGUGGUACAAGAUCUUGAAUAUUUGUAAGUUUGGUACAAUUUUAGUAUUUAAAUUGCACUUUAAAGUUCAAAAAAUGACAUAAUAACACAGCUACAAGUAAUUGCUUUAGUUAUGUCCUGGUUUGUUUCACCUGUAUUUUCUGGCCUCGUAUCUACAAUUAUUUACCUGUUCAUUGAUCACACAGUACUAAGGAGAGUAAGUAAACACAAAAACAGAUAAUAUUCCAAUAUCAUCAUAUACCUCUGUACUAUAACGUCAUUCAUAAACUUUUCAGAACCGACCCCUCAACUACGGUCUGGUUCUUCUGCCAGCACUGUACUUCAUUUGUGUAUCCUUCAACGUAUUUGCCAUUGUCUACCAAGGCUCAUCGUAUCUCGGCUUCGACAAAUGGUCGUUUACUCGUGUCAUGUUAGUAACCUUGGGUAUUGGAAUACUAGCUGGUGCAAUUGUGCAGAUCUUCGUGGUGAAACGCCUCCGGCAGUCGAUCGUUGGGGGAGAUUUGGAAAGUCUGGCCGUGAACGAUUCACCCAAGGCCAAAGAAAAGUCCAACGGAUUCGGAAAACAACCGUUAAUCGAGGAGGAAAAACAAGGAACGAAUGUCCCGAGUAUGUUCGUAAAUCUGUUAGAAGCUGUUCUUUAUUGUGAUUGCUAAUCUGUUAAGGCCCGCUAUGUAUUGUGAUUGCUCCGAGUACUUUAAGCAUGUGUCAAUUUCAGCUCCGGCCAUCAAACCGACCUCGUCAGUUGUCAGUUUCUUUCGUUCAGACAAACCAGAAGACCCCCAGGCGUCCCAGCUCUUCAACUUCCUCCAAGUGAUGACUGCCUGUUUCGGAGGAUUCGCUCACGGAGGUAACGAUGUGAGCAACGCCAUCGCACCUUUAGUCUCAUUGUACGCCAUCUACAAAGACGGGAAUGUCGCACAGUCAAGUACGACACCCAUGUGGCUACUGUUCUACGGAGCCGUCGGAAUGUGUGUUGGUCUUUGGCUUCUCGGCCAUCGUGUCAUCUUCACGGUCGGAGAGAAUCUUACAAAAAUCACGCCGCCAAGGUACUUUUAUCUUUCCGAAUUCUGAUGAAACACUACUUUUGUUAAACUUUUUAAAAGUUUUUUCGAGACAAACUUUCCUAAACUUCUGUUAAAUUCUAGCCUUUUUACAAAACUUUGUGAAAUUAGCUUUUUUAUCAACUCCUACUGUAAUCUACUGUAAACAACGUCUAUCUUCUUAAAAAAGUUGUUUUCAGCGGAUUCUCAAUAGAAUUUGGAGCCGCGGUUACUGUACUUAUUGCUUCUAAAUUCGGAAUGCCAAUCAGCUCGACGCAGUGCAAAGUGGGCAGUGUUGUCGCGGUUGGACUAGUCCAGGCCAACUCGGACGUUCACUGGGGAGUGUUCAGGAAUAUCUUCCUAUCGUGGCUGGUGACACUUCCAGUAACUGGUAAGUCAUAGAAUAAGCUGUGAAACAUCCCAUAGUAUUAAUAGAGACUCAUCUACAAUUUUUAGUAUGGUUUUAUUGGAAUUUUCAGGAAUCCUAAGCGCGGGUGUGCUGCUGCUACUUCAAGCGACAGUGUCGUAA